UUUGUACAUCCCUAUACGUCACGUCACCUUGUUGCGUCUUGGCUCAAGUCAAAUUUUCCCCACUUUGCGUUUUCAUUUUGCAGUGUUUUGUGCAAAGAUUUUGUAUAUUCUCUGUUUAUCACAUAAAAUUUAAAAAUAUUCAGUUUAUGCAAAUACUUAUUACUCUGCUUAUUACGUGAACUUGAUUAAGAUACGCAUUGCACAAAUACAUACAAAAUGGCAUUCCAAUCACCAAUGCCAAGCCGGGAGUUCCUGUGGGAUAUUUUUAGAAGAGUGGACAAAGACCGCAGCGGUUACAUCUCAGCUGAUGAACUGCAACAGGCAUUGUCUAAUGGUACAUGGAACCCAUUUAAUCCAGAAACAGUGCGUCUAAUGAUUGGUAUGUUCGACAAACAAAACAGAGGAGUUAUAUCGUUUGAAGAUUUUGGAGCUCUGUGGAAAUAUGUCAGCGACUGGCAGAAUUGCUUCAGAUCCUUCGACAGAGACAAUUCUGGGAAUAUUGAUAAGGAGGAAUUGAAGAAUGCACUCACGGCCUUUGGAUACAGACUGUCUGAUGAAUUGGUCAACAUAAUGGUACAGAAAUUUGAUAGGUUCGGCCGUGGCACCAUACUGUUUGAUGACUUUAUCCAAUGCUGUAUUACUUUAUAUACUCUCACGUCAGCGUUCCGGCAGUUUGAUCACGACCAGGAUGGCGUCAUCACCAUCCACUACGAGCAAUUCCUAAAAAUGGUAUUUGGACUGAAGGUAUAAAUUCUCAAACUCUACAUUCUGUUGUAAUCAAAUCAAUUGGAUAAUAAGUGCAUAAAUGAUUUAUAUUAUAUAUAAAAACAUUAUUGGAUGUGCAGAUUUUCUUGGCUGUAUGAACGAAUAUUUUAUAAAAUUUUAUUGUAAAUCAAAUUCUUAUUGUGGAUCAUUCAUUGGAAACUUGAAGUUCUUUUGUUGCGUACAGAAAUUCUUUUCACAUUUCAUCAAACAUUCCAUGCCACAGAUGCAGGAUAAUGAUUGUACAAGUUAUAAUAUUCUUGUGCAUGUUAUUCACUUAUUUAAAUGACAUAUGAUUCUUGUAUUUACACAACGCUAAAUCAAAUACAAAGACUGAUUGAUUAAUAAAUAUAAAAAAAAAAUAAUAAUCAGCAUGCGUUUAGAAUUUGUUACUCAUAACUUAGCUUUGUGCAAUAUUAAAAAGACCACAUAGGAUUAAUGUUAUUGGUACAUAAUGUAAAUUGUAAAUGUUGAUGAAUAUUUGUCUUUUCUGUCUGUAGAUACAAUAAAAAAUAUUGGAAUAUCUUGGAACGGUUUCUAAUUGCUUAUUUACGGUAUUGAUUUAUUUUUAUGUUGUAAUAUGUAUAGUCAAUGUAAAAAUAUAUAUAAAAUUGUGCUUGCAUUUUUACAGCUAAAACGAAUUAACAAUGAUGUGUACUAAACAAAGAAUAAUCUCAACGCUAAAUGUGUAGAUGUUUGUAGCAUUAUAUUGUCGUAUAAAAAUAAUGUUAUUUGGUAUGUAUCUGCACUAACUGGAUACAAUUUCUUUUGGUUUAGUGUUGGCCGUAACGCUGGGGACUGGUCUACGUUCACUGAUAGCUCAGGUAGCAAUUUUGGGACCUUACCACCACACUUAUAACACUCAAAUUCAUGCUAUUUAAAUAUUAAUUUCAUCAAAUUAAUGGUAAGGCUUUUAAAACAUGUACUGUAAAACGGAGUUAUUUAGAACUCGAGGGGUUACCAAAUUGUUAUCUAUAACUUUUUCUUUGUAAGUUGUGUAGAGGAAUUAGGUUUUAAUUCGAUUAUAAUUUUGUGGUUUCAUUUGAAAAUCUAUUUUUUUCUCAUCUUACUCUUUUAAUUACAAAGUGCAUUGAAUGUCAUAGUAAUCAGAUUUUAAGUUAAUGAUGAUUAAAUUUGACAAAAAUCACCCAGUUUUAUAGAUCUGUCAUAGAUUGGAAUGUGAAUCACAGCAUGUUGUCUUUUGUCCUGACUGUAGAACAUCAGACCUUGGUAAAAAGUAUCUUCUCCGUCAUAGAUAUCUUAUAAUAUACAUAAGUACAAAAACUGUUACAUAUUUAUGCAUGUGCAUUUAUAGGAGUCUGCCAAAAUAACCGGAUCAUAUUAUGACAGUGCUAUGAACGUAUCAGGCACGGACUACAAAUUUGAUUGGGGCAUACCAACAGCGUACUGUACCCGGGCAUAACGAUUUUAGUUACCGUGGUAUCGUCGCGUGCCAUGCACGGAGCGUAUCGGCACCGGUAAAAUAUUCUCGCCGAAAAUUGGUAACGGUCCGUGCAAAGCACGCGAAGUUGUUGAGCAGUGACGGAAUUCUAAGGGGCGUAAUCUCAUAUUUUUCAAUACAAAGAAUAUUUCUUUGCCUGAUGGCUGACACGGUCUUAGUGUAGUGGGCAGAUUCCUUUAUUAAUUUAGUAGUAAAAAAAUAGAAUUAUCGUUUGGUAUUACUGCAAAAUGGUUUUUUAGUGCUGCAUGAAAGGUUAAUCUUGAAACAUUUAAAUUAAAACUAUCGCUCACUUUGCCAAAUUUUCUUAGAUCUAGCAGUAAAAAAUCUUGCUCUAGAUUUGCUCAAAAUGGGUAAACCUUUAUCAAAUCUACAAAAUUAACGAUAUUUAUUGUGUUAUAAGAUAAUAUAAAUAAAUAAUGUAAUUUCCUAUCUAUCAUUAUUAUUAUAUUCGUAAAAAUGUGGCGUUGUCAAAUAAUAUUCAAGAACGAAAAAUUGUACAAAUAUUUUCUUUUAUUAUGUAUGGCACAUAACACUAUUUAACCAAUCUUAUUGAAUCAGUGUUUGAAUCCUUCCAUUAGUUAUUAUAAAGAAUAACGUCCUUUUUCAUAAACGUUAUUUAUCUAAGGGUGGAGCAUUGCUGUGAUAACAAGUCUGUUUCUCAGUGCAGACGGCAUGGCAGCCUUUGCAGUGCGUAGACAUAGGGCCGUGGUGAUUGGCUAUUAUUAAGAUAAAACUUCAAUCUAGUUAGCUGUCAGGUAAACAAAGCUGAACAAACAUUAAGGUUGCAGAUAAACGAAGCUGAGAAACAGACUUGUUAUCACAGCAAUGCUCCGUCCUUAGAUAAAUAACGUUUAUUAAUAGGGAGGUAAGUUUAUAAAAGGUUUUCUAUGAGAAGACUUAAUUGAGUUGUUUUUCUGUCAACAAAUGAAUGUUACACAAAUGUGUUAUUGCACAAUUAUCAUUAAGAAAUAAAGUAUCUAAAGAUAUAUGCACUGUAAGUGUCCUUGCAUUUGUUACAUACAUAAUUUUAUACACCGAACAUUUAUAAAAUGUGUUACUUCAUUUCUUUAUUAUAACUUGUAAGAUAUUGAUGUAUGUUAUAUAAUAAUUUAAGAACUCUUAUUCCUUUGAUGUUUGUGGUAUACAGUAUAAGGAUGAACACUACUUUCAAAAGGUGGCAUGUUUGUAAACUGAGUGGUUGAAGGGAAAUAUUUCUUUAAUAUAUUUCUUCUUUAAGUGUGUCAUCUGGAGGCUUCAUGUUCAAAAAAUUAUCAGAAAUAUAGUACUGUUCUCUUGUAUACUGUAUUUAUAAACUCGUCUUAAUUCCCACAAGCUUAUGUUAUUUAGGAAAGCAAGCAUGUAUCUUGUGUAUCUGCUGUAUUUUAUAAUAAACAACUCUUGCAGUAA